AUGGCACGCACCAAGCAGACCGCGCGGAAGUCGACGGGAGGCAAGGCUCCACGCAAGCAGUUGGCCACGAAGGUGGCUCGCAAGAGUGCACCGGCCACUGGUGGCGUGAAGAAGCCGCACCGGUACCACCCUGGUACGGUGGCGCUACGAGAGAUCCGCCGCUACCAGAAGUCGACAGAGCUGCUGAUCCGCAAGCUGCCGUUCCAGCGCCUGGUGCGUGAGAUCGCCCAGGACUUCAAGACGGACCUGCGCUUCCAGAGCUCUGCUGUGAUGGCGCUGCAGGAGGCCUGCGAGUCCUACCUCGUGGGGCUCUUCGAGGACACCAACCUGUGCGCCAUCCACGCCAAGCGGGUGACCAUCAUGCCGAAAGACAUCCAGCUGGCUCGUCGCAUCCGCGGAGAGCGGGCCUAGACCUCACAGGCUCUUCAUCCUUGCGCUGCCACCAACCCAAAGGCUCUUUUCAGAGCCACCCACUAAGUCUGAAGAAGUGGUUGUAACCUUCCAGAUCCAGUCUGGUGCGCCCUUGGUGUACGGAGAUCGGAGAGGUUGGCUGGGAGGCCGAGGGAACGUGCAGGGAUCGGACUAGCCAGGCUUAGCUGAGAACCCUUACCCGUUAACCUGCUUGGUCUGCAGUUCCGUCCCCGGCUUAACUAGGCCUUCACUUUAGAGGUGUAGUAGCCUGAACAUGGUAGCACAAGGUUGUAGUGGGAACUGAGUCCAGCUUCCACAGGCGGCAAAUACACUGCCACAACCAUGGUGUGUGUUUGCAUGGUGUGCUGACUGGAAGUCUGCAUUAACUCAUCCAGGUGUGUUAGCUGUGCAUUAUUAGAAGUCCAGCAAACUGCUUUGGAUGACUUACCUGGUUUAAGAGGCUGGCUACUCCUCUGUGUCAAAAGUUAGCCUUUCUCCUGUGAUGGAAAGCACAGUGAACUUCGUGCUUUAUUAAACUCUAGUCUGUGUUAACUUUGCCCAUCUGUUAAGACGGCUAAGAAAAAUGUUUCCAGGGACACAUCCAGAGGAUCCUGUGUUGUAUAGAUUCCAAAUUUCCAUUUAGGGGAGGGAAGUCCAGCUAUUGUGUUGACUGAACCUAAGUGGUAAGCAAUAGGAACCUCUAGUCCAGAAGUCCAAGAGGGUGUUUUGCCCUGGGAUUUUAUUCUCUGGGUGUCACUAACCUUGAUUUCUCAUAUGCCCAGUACUGUGUAACAGACUUCUGAAUCAUACAAAGAGUUGAUGGUGUCCUGGAGAUGAUAGGCAUUUUGAAACUAACCAGCUUGCGCAGAACUCAAACUGAGAAGAACCUAAUUGAACUGC